UAUCUCUGCAAGUACUUUUUCUUUUUGACAGAUUUGUCGCUGCUGGCCAGCAGGAACAAUAUCUGGAAUAAUGUCUUCGGACAGUACUAAUCCUGAGGUUAGGUCUGAGGUGGAUUUGGAGCAGCGUCAACACGUUCCUUACAUAUUAAAUGGAGAGCUGUACAGCAUUGAAAGCCAGAUCGGAGACAAUGUGGUGGUCAAGUGCUGUAAUUGUCCGCCGGAUCGGGUUUAUCGCGGCAGCGUGCGUUCCACGGGAAACUUUCAUAUGCACAUCAAGCGUCGGCACGCAUCUUUGUUGGGCAAAUUGCACGAAAUGAAGGUGGCUGCCCUGGAGGAACGCCGUGAUCGCAUUAUGAAGAAUCGGGGAAAUGAGAAACCCCGUAGAAAGAGAGCUUCAACAUCGCCGUGCAAGCCUAUAACAAGAGGACCUGCUGCGGCGGCGUCUGCGCCGGCUGCACCUGCUAUAGCGUCUUCUGCGCCGACGGCAAACGAAACACACGAGCUGAAAAUUAAAACGGUGUUCCAGCGCCACCAGCAAGAGCAUAGCGAACAGAAGGAGGAGACGGGCACAAAAACACCCUCUCCUUCCGUGAGCGGCUAUUCGACCUUAGAUCACAACCAAAAUCACGUGAACCUGGCCGCGUCGAAGAUGCCCAACUGUACAGAUAAUUCGAAAAACAUUGGGUUAAUAGUCCAAAAUGUUCGCACCCUUCCAAAUCUCCACCCCAGCACGGUGGAGACCCUGAUGGCCAACUACAGCCAACUUACUCCCGUGGCUGCUGUGCCGCAGGUCUUGCCCUUGCGCCACGACGUUAAGCAGGAGCAACCAAGCAAUUCACCAUCGCCAAUCCGUACGGAACAGCCGGUAGCCAUUGAUCUGACCACAGCUUCUAUAGCAUCCUCGCAAAGCGACGGCAUAUCCAGCUUAUCCAGCAAAUCGUAUUCCCUGGAAGAUGUUCAAAUGGCUCCCUCAGUGGCACAUUACAUGGAUGGACCACCUAGAGAUAUUCUGCAGCGACUUGAACGCACAAUGACCGAUAUAAGCCAGGAGCUGCGCUCCCGCAACCAAAUUGAGCACAACCGUUUACUCCUGGAGGCCGCCAAAUUCAAGUUUUUGAAUCCGGACUUCCAAUUUCAGCCCACUUUUUAGGAGUUCGUUCCCAAGGAACGAAACCAACAUAUGUAUAUAUAAUAUCUAUACCAACUGAAUAAACAACAUUCCCUCCAUA